AUGCCGAAUUCCGAUAACGAUGAGGCAGCCGACGAGCAUUUGCCGAAAAACUAUCAAGAUUUUCCGGACGGCAGCUUGUUGCGCGUGAUAUUUCAUAAUUUUUUGUAAGUUUCAAGUGUAAAACGGGCUAAAUUUGCAUUUCAGAACCUACGAGCACACUUCGUUCGUGCCGACCGCGAGUCUGAACAUGAUUCUCGGCCACAACGGCAGCGGCAAGUCGUCGAUCAUCUGCGGAAUCUGUCUGGCGUGCGGCGGAAGCCCCAAGUCGCUGGGCAGAUCGGAGAAGAUUCAGGAGUACGUGCGUCACGGAUGCCAGGAGGGAUACGUCGAGAUUGCCAUGUAAAACUGCGAAAUUCUUGAAAAAUCUGCGAUUUUUUCUGAUUUUAGUGCCGACCAGAAAGAAGGACCUCAAACUGUCCGUCUAACAAUUCGUGCGGGAAAGGCUCCGGAAUAUCGGCUCAAUAAUCAGGUUACGACCCAGGCGGAGUUGAGUAAUCUCAGAAAACACUAUAACAUUCAAGUAAGUCUAAAAAACACGGUCUCCAGAGCUGACAAUAUGGGCGUGGCCUCUGCCAAGUGGCGUUUUCCUGGCGCUGUAAGCUGUGGAGACCGUGGAAAACAGAGAAGUAUUCAAUAUCAACAAUUCAGAUCGACAAUCCAUGCGCGUUUCUGGCUCAGGAUAAAGUGAAGAGUUUCUCGGAACAAUCGGCGAUCGAAUUGCUGCGAAAUACGGAGAAGGCGGCGUCGGAGGACCUUUCCGUGGAGCACGAGGCGCUCAUGGAGCAACGGCAUGAUUCGACGACCAUCGAGGACAAGUGCGCGACUUCCGAAAAGGCGGUGAAGAAUCUGGAGAACGAGAUUCAUAAACUGGAGCCGUUUGUGGAGAACUACCGAAAAAAGUUGGCGCUGCAGACGAAAUUGCGACUUUUGGAGAAGAAAAUGAAGAUUCUGGAGUUUGAGAAAGCGGAAAAAGAGUUCGGAGUGGAGUGCGAGAACGCGAGGGCCGCCACGCAAGAAUACGAUCAGGUCAAGGCGGACAUCGACGAGUGCGCACGGAAAACCAAUGGAUUCCAGAUGCUCAUCGAGGAGAAGACGACCGUCGUUCGCACAUUGGUUAGACUACUGAAAACAUUUUAGAUUUGUCGAAAAUUCAUCGCUGCUAAAACCUCUUUUUCAGCGUCAAAGCGCCGAAGAACUGAUGAAGAGAAUGGAUGACACAGUGGACAAGAGAUCGAUGGAAAUCCGAAUGGAAAGUGCGAUUGAGAAGAUGGAAUCGAUCAAAAAAGCUUUCAAACGACACGACCGCGACAUGGCGAAGGCACAAGAGACAUUGGAGGCGACGCAGGAAAAACAUCGACAGGCACUGGAGGAUAUGGAAGGAUUCGAGGAGUGGAACGAAAAGUUUAAACUGACGGAGGCGCGUCUCAACAAUAUAGAGGCGGACUUCCGCAGGGAGCAGGACAAGAUCCGCGAAGAGUCUUAUCAGCACGAGGCCAGAGUCAGAAGUACUCGAGUUAUUGAAUAUUGAUAGUAAUAAAGUGCACUUUCAGAGGAGAGAGAAGCGAUUUCCGAUGCGAACAGCAUCCUUCGCGACCGUAUUCGCGUACUUCAGGGUCUCGACGGAAAUGCGUAUAAAGCGUAUGAGUAUUACAUGAAGAACAGGCCACAGUUCGACGCGGACAUCUAUGUUCCGAUUAUUGAUGUGAGAGAUCUUCCAAAUUUACAGUUUUCGACAGUAACCGAUAAGCUCCGCCUCUUUGAGCAGUCAUUCGAAAAAAAUGUCAAAUUUGUCCGAUUUUUCAUUCGAUUUCGAUUAGAGACAGGUUACAGUCGACAACUGGGUGGACCGCGCAAAAAUGAACUGUAUCUCCAACCUCUACCCCGUUUCAGAUCACCCUAAAGACCCCGACCGCUGCAAAAAUCCUGGAGAACAGUGUCGGAAUGCGUGAUCGGACAAUGUUCGUGUGCCAGACGAAGGCCGACGAGCAGCGAAUGCACGCGAACAACGGAAUCAACACGACGGUCUUGCCGCCCGAAAAAGUCCACCGCGAGGACAUAGAAGCCCGCUCGCCGCCCGCGAUGAAAAGGAUCGGAUUCGAGAUGCUCGCCGCCGAAUGCUUCGACGCGCCCGACCCUCUCAAGCAGUUUCUGAUCAACGUGUCCGGGCUCGGCCGCAUUCUCGUUGGAAAUCAACAAGUGGACAGGAAUAUGGAGGCCGUCUCCAGGGCCGUUGAGAACACCCCGUACGGAGUGUUUUUGACUCCCACCAUGAGGGUAACAACUUUCGACUUUUCCGGGAAACUCAAAUUUAGAUUUGUUCAUGCAAUUUCCCAGAAAAUUGGUUUUACAACAGCCAGGCCCCUUUUUUCCACUUGCCACCGUUUUUCUUUCAGUGCCAAGUGUCAAAGUCCAAGUAUUCGGGACAAUCGUCGCACAUGCAAACGCUGCUCCGCGACGCGUACACGUUCCGCGAUCCGUGCUACCGAAAAGCGCCGCAAGCGAAACGGAACGUUCAGCAACAGCAGCAGGCGAUGGAGCAAUUGCGACAGGCGGAGCAGAUGAUGCAGCAGAAACAGGCACAGCUCCGCGAGAAGAUACAGGCGGUGCAGAGGGAGAGGGACGUCGUCCGGAACGAGUGCUCCGAGUGGAGAUCUAAACGGCAUCUCGUGGGCACGUGGCAGGCGGACGUGAAGCUCGCCGAGGAAAAUUUGAAACGGCUCGAGGAGCAGAACAUCGACGUGGACGCGGCGGAGCAGGAAUUCGAGGAGACGAGGGCGAAUGCCGUUGAGCAGACGCUGGACAUGUUCCGGAAAGCUGUCAAAUGGCAGGUCAGCACAGAAAUUGGAAACAAAAACUCUGAAGGAUUGGCUUGAGGUUUUUUGGGACUAAUUUUCAGACAGAUCGGACUAUCCGUAUAUGUGGAUCAGAGGUCGAGAAUAUCGCAAUUUUAGCAAAACCCCGGCAUAUAUCUCAGCUGCCAGUAGAAAUAUCAAAAAGUAGUCUGAGCGCUAUAGGAGUGCACUUCUAUUACGGUAUUUACGGUAUACUGGUUUGGAGACGAGGAGUUUUGUAAAAAUUGCGACCUUUUCGGCCUCUGAUCCACAUAUCUCGGGACCAGAUCCCAAGACACCUCGAUCCAAGUUUAAGAAGAAGAAUAGUGUAACCUGGGCAGACCAUCAUACAAAUAAUAAAUUCAGAAAGCCUACUUGGAAAAUUACGAGGAGGUUGGACGUCACACGUUCAUCGAAAUGAUCUGCAAGAACAAGGUGAGAAUGAUGAAACUGGAGGAGGAGGACCUGCGAAAGAAGCUCAACGAACUGAGCCACACGAAGCGAGAGGCGGAGGCGAACGUGAAAAGCGCGCUGAACAGAAAGAGAGCGGCGGCGGAGGCGAUGUCGAAGACGUGCCAGCUGAAACAUCUGAAGGAGAAGGACAUGGACGCGGCGGAGAAGCGAAUCUUUGAGAAACUGAGCAAACUGUUCGAAGAGGGAGGCGUUCCUGAGAACCUGGACGCGCUGGAGCUCGAAAUCUCUUCGGAACAGGCACGUCUCCGACUGGCCGAGGAUCAGGGAGAGGACGGCGGAAUCGAGCACGAGCAUCAGAUGGAAAAGUUAAAGUUGGACUUCGUCGAGGAGCAAUCGCGCCACGAAAAACUCGUGGAGAACCGUCGAGUUCUGCAUGAGGAACUCGGAACGAACAUUGAGAAUUGGAGGGAGAAGGUGGAGGAGAUGAUCGAUCACAUCAACGAGAACUACGUCAAAUACUUUGGCGAGCUAGGAUGUCGCGGAGAAGUCGGACUGGAGACGCCCGAGAAUCCGGUGAGCAAUGGGGGCAGGGCUUGACGUAAAUUGUGUUAUUUUUAGUUGGACAUUGCCAAGUACGGCAUCAUGAUUAGCGUUUCGUUCCGAGCUGGAGAAAAAAUGAAGAGACUCGAUAAUAAGGUUAGUUUUUCUCGGUUUCUCUCUCAGUCUGAUCUCCUCACAUUUUGUGAGACGUAUAAUUUGACCCAAAACAUAAGAUCACCUACUAGAGGGACCAAUAUUCUCGAUCUCUUAUUUACAAAUUUUUCCAUUCCGACUCCUCAUAUUUCUGCCCCUCUUGGAACCAGCGAUCACUGCAAAGUUUCUUUCACAGUUGAUCUAUUAGAAAAGCCUAAACCAUCUUUCUACCUACUUCCCGACUACAAACAUAUUAACGGUCCUCUCCUCAAUGCUUAUCUGUCAGCUCCAGACUGGACAAUAAUUUUCGGCCCUGACACCAUCGAAGAGAAAUAUUUCAACUUCAUUGGUUACCUAAAGCAUGUCUUUGCUCAAGUAGUUCCGCACAAGUGGGUCGAGUCGACUCAUGGGUCACUACCUAGUUACCUGGACUCCUUCCAAACUGGUCGAGUCUCACUGGAAUAAAGCUGUUCGAACCAGGGACUGCUCGGACUACAUUGAGUAUAUUAAACUUGCGCAAAAAUUUCGGAAAAAAUUUACUAAAUACAAAAAAAAUCUAGAGCUCAAUCUUCUCAAAACCAAGGGCUGCAGCAAAUUUUCUCAACUCUCGAAAUUCAUAUUGAAAAAAGAAAAACUCUCUUAUCCUAAAUUUAUCAUGAAGUCGGGUCUUCCCACUGCAUCGGACUCUGACAAAUGUGAGGUUCUAGCCGAUAACUUCCAAGCGCAAUACCUUCAUCAUCAGAACCUCCCAGUCUCAAGUUUCCCCCCCGGAUACCAAUCAAAUCAGGGCAUUCCCUGGGUAAGUGACGAGGAAAUUUUUGAAGCAGCUCGUCAAAAAUCAAACCGAACAAUACACUAACCCCAGAUGAAAUUCCGGCCAGAUUCCUCAAAUUUGUAUCUCCCUUUAUAGCCAGUCCUGUGGCACAACUAUGUAAUCUCUCGAUGAUGUCAGGUGCCGUUCCCGCUCAGUGGACAAAAUCUAUAGUGUUUCCCCUUAAGAAAAAUUACCAAUCCGACUCUACCCGUUCAUUUUUCGCCCUAUUAGUUUUAACCUCGGUCAUCUGCCGCUCUUACGAAAGGUGUCUAUUGCGCUAUUUACUUCAGCACCUUCAAGAGAUACAAUUCUGGAGCGAUAGCCAGCACGGCUUCCGACCAGGCAGAUCCACAACUACAUGUGCUUUAGAAGCCAUGAAUGAUUGGACCACACAUUUGGAAGAGGGUCAACAGGUGGACGUGAUCUAUUUCGACUUCUGCAAGGCUUUCGAUAGAGUACCGCACUCGCUUCUAAUAGAGAAGCUAAUGAUGCUGAAUUUGAACGUGAAUCUUAUCAAUUGGAUCAAAGCUUACCUAAAUAAUCGCAGCUACCAAGUUCGAAUAAACAACGCACUCUCAUCAGUAAGGCCCGCUCCGUGUGGGGUACCACAAGGUGGGGUUCUGUCCCCAGUUCUUUUCUGUAUUUAUGUCAACGAAAUUAGCAUGAUCCUCCCUCCUCAGAUACAAUCAAAGCAAUAUGCGGACGACCUCAAGAUCUACACACACUUCCCCAAGACAUCCCCUUCCAAAGAUCUCCAGAUCGCAAUUGACCGUAUUUCUGAAUGGUCCAAGAAACACAAGCUGUCUCUUAAUCUCUCUAAAUCAGUUUGUAUAUCACUAGGUCGAAAUCCCACAAUAACCAAAUAUUAUAUCGACACAGCCACGGUCUCCAGAACUGACAAUGGGCGCAAGUGCGCUCCGCCGCACACGGCAGCAUUUUGGAGGGAAAUUCAAAUUUUAAUUGCAAAAUGUGGCUUUUGUGCGAAAUAAACCGUGAAAAUGUGUUUUUUUUUCAGUUGUGUCUCGAUAGCGCGAUUGUGCGCGUCAAUAAUAAUUUUUUAAGCGCAAGAGAGUGAAAUUUGGUUAAGUCGCAAAUCACAUUUAUCCAUUUUUGUUCAGCAGCGCUUCGAAAACUGCGGUUUUGGAACUUCCCAAGCUAUGAAUCUCAAAGAAAUUGCGAUUGCAGCGGCUUUCAGUGUCAGAACAAGCAUUGCGAAGAAUAAGAAGAACCGGAAAGUGAAAAAAGUGCAAUUUUGGACGGGUAUUCCGAUGUGUCGUGUUUUUCUUCUAAUUUUUUUGGAAAUCACGUUUCUCGUCUAUUUUUACCGGUUAUUGUCGUAUUACAGAAGAAAACGGGUAUCCCUUGUUCAACGGGUUCAGCCGAGAAAACGGAUUUUAUUAAUUAAGGUUGGUUUAAAUCGGAAAUUAAGGAAAAAAUGACAGGAAAGGGCUUUAGAGGAGAAAUAAAUAAAGCAGAAGUAUUGAAGGAAUUUGGAAUAUUACAGAAUGGGAAAACCAAGAAAGGUGACAGCCGCUCACAGGAAAUCUCAACGGUUGCUGACUGAAAAAAAUCGGGAACAACGGAAAGAAAGAUGUGCAGUUGGAGCAGUUGAAAAUUCAACAGGCAGAGUGGUCCGAGAAAGAGAGAACUCUGCUUCGGAAGUUGGAACAUCUGAAGAACGAGGUCGAAGAAGGCGAAAAACUUUCCAACUUUCUGAGGCAGCAGAAUGUUAUUCUCCGCGAAGAAGAGAAAGAAAUAGAGGAAAUAUAUCGUCAGGCUCGGGCAGAUGCUCAGCGUUAUCAGAGGGAAAUGGAAAAUCUUCGAAGCUCAUAUAGCGAACACUUCUCGACCGCCGUCUUACUUGUAUCACAGAACCAGGCAAAGCAGCACGAAGAAACAAUCUCUCCGCUCAUAAAGCAACUGCCGAAGCUGACAGCUUCGAAAUUCCGGAAGUCAUAUGGUGAUCUUCAGAAACAGCAUACGAAAGACGAGCGAUUCAAAGCACUUCUGGAGGAUAUCGAGACGUUUACCGGCACAGCUCACCUUGAUGCAUUUGUCACCGAUUUCAUCCACUAUGUAUCAGCCAACAAAAAAACCUGUCCUUCCGACUGACUUUGACCGACUGGGACUCAUUCGUGCUGGCUGUUCAUCUGAGGAUGUCUGAUGGUUUUAUGAAGUCGUUAAAGUCGUUUCUUGAGAGCCGACUUUCCUUCGACGUAAUCGGCUCACGGUACGCUAUUCAAGAGACCAGAAAAAAAGUUUGCACCAGGAGCCAACUACAAAAAUUGAAAUCGAAACUUGUGAGAAACUGACGAAAACCGGCACUCGUAUCGUUGUUCACUCGGCGGUGGUCGGAAUCACUCGAUUGGAGGAAGUGCUCAGUCAUCGGAUUCAGCAACUGCACAAAUCAGGACUUCUCCGCUUCGACGCUGUCACGAAGGACGACAUCCUAGUUGGAGUUGCCGGCGACAAAGGAGGCGAUCAGACCAAGCUCGCCAUGAUCAUCGCCAACGCUCAAACUCCGAACGAUCCGAAAGGAUGCCUGCUGCUCGGUUACUACAGUGGAAACGAUGACUACUUCACGCUGAAGGCUAAAAUAGGUUAUGUGUUCCAGCAGGUGUGUGUCUGCCAAUUUGGGCACUCUUAGAACUUAUCUUUUAAGGUGAACGAACUGAACAACCUUACUUACGAAGAAAACGGAACUCCCGUCAGCAGAAAAGUCCGACGAAUUCCGCUGGGCGACUGCAAGUAUCUUUCGUCCCUUUACAACCACCCAGGUCAAGCGUCCAGAUGCCCGUGCUUCUUGUGUAAAAAAUCAUGGACAACACACGGCUCGAACGCAGCUCUUGUUGCAACAUUCAAGUUCGAAGAGUGUGGAGAAGCAAGAACUCUGGAUGAGGUACACGACGAAGCGCUGAUGAAGGUUGAUCCGGCUACGUUGGCACCUCCGACGUUCCACUCAAUUGCGGGUGUCACGAAAACAUACGUGCUUGAUCCCCUCAUUGCGCUCUGCAAUCAGCUUGAUUCAAAGGGUCAGACGUUGCCGAGGAGCCUGAAAGAACAAAGGAAAGUAUUGAAGAAUAGAAAAAGAGGAGGUCAGCAAGUACACUGCUCGCGUUGAUAGUGUUCAGCAAUCGAAGCUGUUGGCCGAGAAAGCAGCAGAAAUUCUCGAAAAAGGCUACAACCACAAGAAGAGGACGUCCGAGUCGAGCGGAAUCUUGCGGAUCAUCAUUUUUGCCUUGUAUCGAAAAAGCAGAAAGAAUACGUUCCAUCCUCUUCAUUCAUUCACGUGCGCCGAUUGUGUGAGGAAAGUUCAUUCGGUUUGCGCUUUCCGAUUCACGGAUGAAGACGAAUUCGAACUUCCCAAUACGACUGCAAAAUGCCUCGACUGCAGCGUUGGAGCCAAUAUGUCACACGACACCCGGAGAACACUUCUCGGACGACUCACUUCCAAAAAUCGAUGCAGAGUUGCAAGAGGAUACUGUCAUUCUUCAGGAAGCCGCCGAAUUAAUGGAAGAGCUCGAGAACAACCUGCAAAAAUCAUCGGGACCUACUCGGAGACGAUUCGAAGAAGCUCUGCGUUCUUUCGGUGUCGACCAAAGAGCGUGGCUCCAGGAGUUCAACGGAAACAGCAUUCGGAACAUUCUCCGCUCAGAGAAUAUUCAGAAACUGCUCGCAGUUUUCCCCCCGAAUCCAUUCAUCACAAAGAUUGGACGCGUCAUGGAGAAUUUGGGGCCAUCUCAUGUCCAGUGCGGACACAUCGGCGAAAAACGGACUCCGAAAUCGAUGAAAUCGAGAGUCACGUCAAUUCUCUCGUUCGGAAUCUUCGCAGUACGAUGCCGCAGGCCGUGGUCACUCCAAAAACUGCACUUGAUUUGUUCGCAUUUGAUCCCAUUCCUCCGAGCGAACAGAUCAUGGGGACGGUUGACCGAGCAGUCGAUUGAGUCACUGCACGCACUGUUCAACUCGCUGAACACUCGAUUUGCUUCCGUCCGCAACGAGAACCUUCAUGCGCAGCUGAUGGUCCAGCAGAUGACUUGUUUCAACGUGAUCUACGAUUCUAAUGUUUCAUUCAACUGAUCUCUUCUUUGUCACAUUCGUAUUUGUUUUCGUAAAAAUGAUUUAUUUUUGAAAAAUCGGUGUUAUCUGUAAACGAAAAAUUACCGUCCAUUACGGGUUUUCAUACCGGAGCGAAUGGCUUAUUUAUGUUGUACAACUGGAGUAUUUUUCUUGUUGCACGUUCUCGAAGUGCAGAGCUCAAUUGGAGUCUUCCUGAAACGUAUUGCGGCGAGAACACAUAAAGCUACAACCCUGACUGACCGCGUUUCGUGUUUUCCGCUGGGAAGUUCCUUGCAGUCCAUGAAUGUACCGAUUUCGCCAAGUUCGCAUCGUCUGAAACGUUUUUUGAGCGUUCUAGAGCCUUUUUGCAAGAGAAAAUGAACUGAAAACAAAACAGAUUAUUUAUUCUCAGAAAAAUCGAGUUUUACAAUAAGAAAAACGAAAAUGCGGCGAGAAAAAUCACGGAUCGCAUAUUGCGCCAGCAAAGGCGAAAAACGCGCCAACCAUUCAAAAAGCGCGUCACCAGUCCCGCGACUCCGCCCAUAUUGUCAGUUCUGGAGACCGUGUAACAGAUCUAAGAAAAAACAAAAUUCGAAUUUGUUCCAAGAAAGUGCGAUGGAGCGCACUUGCAUUGCUAUCUCGAAGUUUCAGGGAUUUUCAGCCGAAAAUCGCUGGAAUAAGGAUUAAAAAAGAGGAACAAAAAUGUGGACAGUAUUUAUUGAACUUUUAAAAUAAAAACAAGUAAUUUUCAAUAACCAAUCACCUACACAAAACACGAGAGAUUAGUGGAACGUCACAAACUGAGCGGGCGAAGUGAUCGAUGUGGAAAAAGUUCAAUUGGCUACCGAUUCUGAUGACGUCGCGGCGGAUAUAAAAGGAUCGAGCGGAACGGUGUAGAGAAACAUGCGGAUCCUUUGGUUAUUCCCCAUUUUCACUUGUGGAACACUUGCGGACACUUUUGAGCUCAUUUUUGUGACAGCGGUACUUACUUUAAACAAAAAAGAGAGUACCGUUCUAUUUUGUGAACUUUUAGCUCUGGAGACAUGGCGAUCGUGCGCCUCAGUACCCUUUCCGAAACGAUAAAAUCACCGAAAGCGACUGGAAUCACAUUGGAACCGGAAUCGGACAAUUGACCUAUGUGAGCACAUUGAAGUUAUCAUGCAAAAGACGUUCCCAGUUGUUCAGGAAGGAGUCAAGCAGCAAAUAGAACUGGGAAAGGCGAUCCGCAAGAGAUACUCUCACUUCCUGCCCCGACAGUUCGAUCCGAACUCGGUAAAGUUCCGAUCAACGAACAGGAAUCGAACGAUUCUCUCUGCAAAGGCCAACUUUCUGGGAAUGUACCCCGACGAGAAGGUGCUACCGAUCACGGUUCCGAGUGAUUAUGCGGCCGAUUGUGUGAACAACGUCAUGUGUAACUGCCGACGAAGGGAUGUGCUGCAGGGGAUCGCAAAGGGUCUCGAGGAGUUCAAGGAUGUGGCAGAGAACUCGGAGGUGAGCACAAGGACCCGGGCUAUUUAGUCAAAAGGGUCGCAUCCGAUCGCAUACUAAGCAGUGUUGAGCGGAAUUCCAGUUCCCAACUUUGCAGACCCAUUCCCUCUUCUCGAAACUCUCCCGACUCACCGGCGAGCCCUCGAUCACCGUCGACAACUUCUGGCGCAUUCCCGACACUCUCCGGUGCGAAAAACGACACCUUCCGCUGCUCCUGAACGCCUCCAACCCCUGGUAUUCUGACGAACUUCUGGAUGAGCUGGAGCACCUGAACACCCGGAUAAAUCGAUUCACUUCGGGGUUGUACACGUCUGGAAUUGCGCGGGAGAUUGCAAAAAUCCGAUCCGGACCGUUGGUUUCAGAGAUUUUCGGAAGAAUGAUCGAGAAGUUGAAUAGUACGGGUUCGGAGUUCAAGUACUACGCCUACUCUUCGGUACAUUAAAAUAACUUUAAAUAUUUUCUCAAAUGCCCUCAUUUUCCAGCACGACAUGACUCUUUUCUCUCUGCUCACGGCACUCGGCCUCCAGAAUGUGACGUCUUCUGAAAUCGGCGGCUGGCCCGCCUACGCAUCCUCCAUUUUCGUCGAACUUUUCAUCCGGUCCUCCGAUAAUUCUGCCCACUUCCGAAUCAUCUACCGUACCGCUGCCACGUCGAUUUUCCAGAAUAUCACACCCCAAAUCCCAAAGUGCCACGGAAAAUUCUACUGUCCAUUGACGGUUUUUGAGAAAAUCCAACAGGAUUUGUCGAUUGGCGGAUUGCCGAUUUCCGAGUUCUGUCAACUCACUUCCGAUCUCAUUCCCUAA